AUGCACGAUUGGCAUCUUGAAUUCGCCUCUCUCUCCAACACACACAAGGUCCGCACGUUGAUGAAAUGUGUGGCUCCUCUGACGCCGCCCAAGCAAUCAAAUCCUGCCAAAGCAGAAAUCACACGCGGGCAGCUCUUAAAGAACCAAAUGAAACAAGUUUCCUUCCUCUCCGCACCGCCAAAUCGCAUCCUCAUCCACGGCUCUGCAGCUGUCAUGACAGAAAGCCACGCGGUCGCAGCCAUGGUUUUGCCGGCCCGUAGUUGGUCCCUGCACUGCACUUCCACGGCAACACGGGCCAAACGGGCCUAUCGCAUCGUAGACGGUCGCGCCCUCAGAUCAUGUCCCUUCCUUGAACCUCCCGGAUCUCCAGACUUUGCUCGUGCAUGUCCGCAUCUUCUCUCGUCCUCGUCUCUCCCUGGCCGCCGCGCCAAUCCCUGGAUCCGUCUCUCUAGCUGCCCCUCCUCCCCGCCAUCUCUCCUGGACAAGCCCGUCGCCUUCUACAUACAAAUCGUCACCAUGGCAUCUGCAAUCUUCUUUCUGGAUCUCAAGGGCAAGACCCUCCUCGCCCGAAACUAUAGGGGUGACAUUCCCAUGUCCGCCGUCGAAAAGUUCCCUGUUCUACUAUCAGAAGCCGAAGAAGAGUCGUCAGCCGUUCCGCCAUGCUUCUCCCACGAGGGAAUCAAUUACUUAUACAUCCGCCACAACAACCUAUACCUCCUGGCGCUGACCAAGCGCAACACCAAUGCCGCCGGAAUCCUGCUCUUCCUGCACAAGGUCGUCGAGGUCUUCACCGAGUACUUCAAGGCUCUGGAGGAAGAAUCCAUCCGCGACAACUUUGUCGUCAUUUACGAGCUUCUCGACGAAAUGAUGGACUUUGGCUACCCCCAGACCACCGAGUCCAAGAUCCUCCAAGAGUACAUUACUCAAGAAUCACACAAGCUCGAGAUCCAGGCCCGCCCGCCAAUCGCCGUGACCAACGCCGUGUCUUGGCGAUCCGAGGGUAUCCGUUACCGCAAGAACGAGGUCUUCCUCGACGUUGUCGAAAGCUUGAACCUCCUCGUCAGCGCCAACGGAAAUGUGUUGCGCAGUGAGAUUCUCGGCGCCAUCAAGAUGAAAUGUUACCUCAGCGGUAUGCCCGAGCUGAGGUUGGGACUCAACGACAAGGUCAUGUUUGAGACGACAGGCCGCUCGACGCGAGGCAAGGCUAUUGAGAUGGAGGAUGUCAAGUUCCACCAGUGCGUGCGGCUCUCGCGCUUCGAAAACGACCGGACAAUCUCCUUCAUCCCCCCCGAUGGCGAGUUCGAGCUCAUGUCGUACCGCCUCAACACCCAAGUCAAGCCCCUAAUCUGGGUCGAGUGCCUCGUCGAAUCCCACUCCGGCUCUCGCAUUGAAUACAUGCUCAAGGCCAGAGCCCAAUUCAAGCGACGAAGCACGGCCAACAACGUUGAAAUCAUCGUCCCUGUCCCCGACGAUGCCGACUCCCCCCGAUUCAGAACCAACGUCGGCUCCGUCCACUACGCCCCCGAGCAGAGCGCCAUUGUCUGGAAGAUUAAGCAGUUUGGCGGCAACAAGGAAUUCCUCAUGCGCGCUGAACUUGGCCUUCCUAGCGUCAGAGGAGACGAUGAGCACGGCGGUGGCAUGACGGGCGGUUUCGGAGGCAGCAUGGGUGGGAUCGGUGGCAAGGGCGCCAAACGACCCAUCCAAGUCAAGUUUGAGAUUCCCUAUUUUACGACGAGUGGAAUUCAAGUUCGAUACCUCAAGAUCACCGAGCCCAAGCUUCAAUAUCCUUCUCUUCCAUGGGUCCGAUAUAUCACACAGUCUGGCGAUAUUGCGGUUCGGCUGCCCGAUGUAGCUUGA